AUGGAUUUUCCAAAAUUAUUAAACAAACCUUCAAUAGACUUAUUAAAAAAUGAUUUUCCUCAUUCAAGCAAAUUUGAGUUAGAACAUACUAGUAUUUCUAAAUAUCCGUUUUUAAAAAGUGGUUUAUCCUUUUCAAAUAAUAUAUACAGUGUUUAUACAAGUUUUAAAAAUAGUAUUUAUGACACAAAAAAUGAAAUAAAAUUUGAUAACACAGGAGUAAAUUUUCUAGAUAUAAAAUAUCAACCGAGUUUCAUAAAAAAUGUAAAUGUGUGUGGAAAAUAUAUGAAAAAUAAUGGGAAAGCAGAUGACUCAUUUGAAAUAUACACUGAAUAUAAUACAGAGGAUACAAAUAUAUUUUCAUCAAUUAAUGUGAGAAAUUUAUUUUUUAAAUAUAUGCAUGUAUAUUCUCAUCCAAAAUAUUCAAAUUUUAAAUGUGGAGGUUUAAUUCAAGGAAAUUUAGAUAUCAAAAACUUACAAUACUCAUUCGGUGGUGCAUAUACGAAGAAUCAUAAUGAUAAUCAUUAUAUUUUUUCAUUAAGAUCAAUUCCAAGCAACAAACAUUUAUGUGGCUCAUUAGCAUUUAAUUUAUAUUUUCAAAAUAAGAAUAUAAAUGAUAACGCUGUUAGUAUUGAAGUUAUUCAAAAUUUCAUAGAGAAAAAAGCAAAUAUAAAUGUUGCAUCAGUUUGGUUUGUUAAUAAUAAAAAUACUUUUAUAAAAACAAAAAUUAGCAAUGAUACUAAAGUUGCUUUAUCACUAACUCAUAAAUAUAAUGAAUUUGUAACUGUAACAUUAGGAUCACAGAUUGAUAUAUCAAAAAUAUCUUUACCAGAUAAUACAAAAUUUGGAGUUAAAUUAUAUUUAAAAUCCUAG